CAGUUCUUACGAAUAGUCUCUCGUGCAUGCGAGCUUGGAAAAAAAUCAUCUUAAAAUUGUUAUAAAGAUUUCUUUGAUAUGGUAGCUGCAUAUUCCUUUAAACUGUGCUUAAUAUUGCAAUGUGUGAUUGUAGGCGUAUUGACAAAAUCGAAUUUUAAUUCGUUGUUGGACAAAGUAUUUGAAGAUAUGAAAAAAGAAAGCAGUUACGACUUUAAAUGGUCAAAAAUUGAUGAGCUGCUGAAGGAGGCAAUGGAUCCUUUGAUAAAUACCCGCACGGUUAAUGCACUAAAUAAAUUAUCGCAAUUCCUCAAGAUAACACCAGAUUGCAAUGAGUCCAUCUUCAGUCUGAUUAUCGCGAUAAGAAAUUCCAAAGCCUGGGCUAUUCGCAUGGUCGAUGCUAGUGGGAAGUUGCCUGGUGGUGUCCUGGAUGGAACUGUAAUGGAUUUUGGCUCUUUUGAUGAAUGUUUAAAGAUCCGAGUGAAUGAUUCUUCAGACAGUAAUAAGGAAGCUUUCCGAGGGCGUUACUGUAUGGUUGGAUAUCACUCUCCUUUGAUAACUCCCAUGUAUCUGAAAACACCAAGCGGUCAGAGCUACGUUGAAGCAUACGGUUAUCCACCAGAAUGGGCUGCUGAUAUUAUAAUUAGAGCUGGAGGAUAUUUGAAACGAGUAGCUUUAUGGUUUGGCACAUGUGUUCCAUCCACAUGCACGAAAGAUGAUGUCCAAAAGCUUGCAUCCGUUGUUUCGAAACCUUUGGGAUUCAAUGUGUCUGUAGCUACCUGUCAAGUUGAUGAACCAUUUGUUUGGCCUACUUAUUCUGUCGUUGCAGUAUGUGUACUGGGCUGUUUAGGAGCACUGUGUCUUUUAGGAUCCUUCCUAGAUAUUCUGAAUAGAUGUACAGCGAAAUAUCCCAAAGAAGUACCACAAAACUCGCUAUUAAGAGCGCUCAAAGCAUUCUCUUUGUAUUCAAAUACCGAGAAAUUGUUCGGAGAUUCUGGUGGUAAAAGUGGAGCUCUUGGUUGCUUUCACGGCAUUCGGUUCUUGUCAGCCACUUGGAUUAUUUUGGGACAUACCUACUUUUACACAGAUACAUGGAAGUACCUUAAGUAUCGUCACUUGCUUGGAGUGGAAGAAGAAUUCGAUGGGUACCUACCUUUAGCAGUAAUCGAGAACUUCACAAUUCCAGUCGGUUCUUUCUUUUUUAUGAGUGGAUUUUUGCUAAUGUUUACGACAUGGAAAAAACUUGAAAAGAGUGAAGGACAUGUGAAUCUUUUGAUGUUUUUUGUCCAUAAAUAUUGGCGAAUGACUCCAGCGCUAGGACUGACACUAAUAUUAUUUAUGGUUUUGCCUCUUAUUGAUUCUGGGCCCAUUUGGAACUCCACACUGGACCCACCUCUCCAAGCUUGCAAUGACCUCUGGUGGGCUAAUAUGCUCUAUAUCAACAAUUGGUGGAAUACUGAUCAAUAUUGUCUCAUUCACACCUGGUACUUGGCUUCUCUUAUGCAGUUUCAUCUAGUAGGAAUCAUUCUGUUACUUUUAACAUUCAGGUGGCGCGUGGUAGGUAUCUUGCUUGGUGCUGUGAUAUUAAUUGGUUGUUUCAUUGUGACAACUCUUCUAACAGUAUGGCAUGAUUUUCCGAUGCCUGCACCAGGAAUGGUUAAAGAUAUGGAUGUUAUUGAUGACUACAACUCUCGUCUCUACGUCAAGCCUUUCACCUUUAUGGGUACUUACGUAACUGGCAUGGUGGUUGCAUAUUUUGUACUUAAAUAUAAAGACCAAAAAAUUAAACCGGUGUGGCAAGUUGUAGGCUGGACGCUCGCUACUUUGAGUGCAUUGUCGGCUGUCUAUGGUCUCUAUGGUCCUGGGGAUGAUAUUGGUGUUAGAGCCCUUUAUAUUUCAGGCCAUCGUUACGCCUGGGCUUUAGGUAUUGGUUGGAUGACUUAUGCCUGCAUUACAGGAAUGGGAGGUAUAGUUAACAGAAUUCUCUCGUGGAAAGCAAUGAUUCCGCUUGGUAACCUUAGCUACCUCGCAUACCUUAUUCACCCUCUAGUCAUAAUAUAUCGAAAUGCUUCUCUCAGAGAAAGAGUAUAUUAUGGGCAUACAGAGCUUGUGUUUUCCUUUUUGGCCACUACUGUAGUUAGCCUCUUCUUGGCUUAUGUUGGGUACAUAGCAGUGGAAAUGCCUUUCUCGACUUUAGAAGGUAUUAUAUUUAAAAGCAGCUCUUCAGUUAACUUGAGCAAAAAGCCUAGUGUCGUCAAGGAAGAAGUACCACCUCCGAUAUUAAGUAUUAAAACUGUCAGUCCUUGACUUUAUGUAGUCAAGAAUUAGAUUGAUGCAACUGAACUUUCAUGCAAAGUACUUGAACGGACUUCAGUCCUGUUGUAAACCUCCUGUACUGUGCUGUAUCUCAGUCAGUUUACUAUAAUGCAUCAUAAAUUUGUAUGUGUCCUUACGAAUCUCCUUUGCAGAUUUCUGUCUGACUUAAUAUUUUGAAUAUGAAGUUUCAGAGAAACUGGCUUUCUCUCAUCGUUUAUUCAUCGCAGUGAGUGAGAUACGAAUUUUUCAAAAGCAACUAUAGCAAAAUUAAUCAAGGCAUACUGGUCAGAAGAAAGUAACUAUAUUUACAGUGUAUGACAGUAUAAUGGUUUCAAUGAUACUGAUACGAUUUUUAAUUUUUGACAGAUUGAUGAAAAUUGUUAAAAAUCUUUGUUAAUUAUUUUCCAGUAUUUUGUUAUUUUGAAAAAGAAAUUUUACUUUUAUUGUCAACGAACUGGAACACAGAUUAGCAUAUUCCGAAAGGUGUUUGACAUCUUCAGAGGAAAAAUGUAUAUUGUCAUAUUUGCUAUAUAACUCUUUCUUAUUUAUCCUCUGUCUUCUAGUCCAUUUUAAAUUGAAAAACUAUGUUAUUUCUGAAUGUUGCAAUAAAUUGUUAAUUUUUGUGUAAUUAUUUUAGUCUGCCCACUGUUAUUAUAAUUAAAACAGGAAAUGUUCCAAAAACUAAGAAUGUAGUUCUUAUAGUCUGUCGGCUAAACUGAAUAAUCCAGGCAACCAUAUGUGAACAGUAAAUUAUGCUAAUAAAUAUCUGAAAAAUUUUCGAUUAUCAUAGAAA